AUGAGCGUGAGUGUUGAUGUUGGCGUUAUGUGGCGUCUUUCUGAGGAUAUAAACCGCCGAUAUGCAGUUCGUAUGCAGCCACCGCCACCCCCGCACCAUCACCAUCCGCAUUAUCAAGUGCACACACCACAUCAUCACCAUCAUCAUACCGCAACCAUGCGUUCGGUGCUCUUUAAUGAUCCAUAUCAGCUUUUAAAUGCGGCUUCACACCGAUUGGUUGUUCAAGGUUCGGGGCAGAUACAACUGUGGCAGUUCUUGCUGGAGCUGCUUGGCGAUUCGUCAAAAAGCAACUACAUAGCAUGGGAGGGAACGAAUGGAGAAUUCAAGUUGGUCGACCCCGACAUGGUGGCGAAGCUCUGGGGAGAGCGAAAGGCAAAACCGAAUAUGAACUACGACAAACUCAGCAGAGCUUUACGAUACUACUAUGAUAAAAAUAUUAUGACAAAAGUCCAUGGCAAACGAUACGCGUACAAAUUCGAUUUUCAUGGCCUGAUGAUAGCAUGCCAAACUCAGGCACAGGGCUGUGAUGCUUCCGCGACCAUUGGUAUGCUCAGCCCUUACAAAGUUCCUCACCACCAGCAUAGUCAUCAUCAUCCGUAUCAUCCGUCGCCUCAGCAAUCUACCAUACAUCCGUCCACAUCGGACACACACCACAACAUACAUGCUUCCACAUCAAAUUCCAAUGCUGACCAAACGACAUCUCCCACAUCCGGAUCUAAUAUGGGAUUUCCUUCGCCGGCAAUGGAAGUCAUAACACCUCAUGCUGCGAGUAAUACUCUAACGGGACUCGUCCACUCAACCCGGACUUCGGCGGAGAGUGUGACCACCGAAGACGUGUCAUCGACAACCAACGAUUCGUCCACACCAUCCGUGCUCCCGUCAUCGUCGUUAAAUUCUCGAAACCCUUACUGGACUUAUUGCAGCUCUAGCCUCGAGUCCCGGUCGUCGCAAACGGAUGCAUUUAAUUAG